AUGGAUUUCUUUAAAAAUGCGAUGAAAACGGCACAGGAUGUGAAGAAGUCGGUACAGGACAUGAGCCGCGAGAUUCAGGGUGCUCGACAACGUACCCGCUCCAGAAGUCCGGAAGGAAAAGUACGUUUAUUACCUAAAAUAACAUCCCCAAUCAGAUUCAAAACGUGUCUCGAACCGAAUUGGAAGCGUUAGAUGACAGAACCACCGGAUUCUCGCUGCAUCGUGAGAAGAAGGGCGGACAGUACCAUAUUGUACUAAUGGAAACUACAGAAUCCGUCUUCAGAACUGCAGUGGUAGAGGAGGCCAAAACCUUGAUUCAGCAGUACAAUCAGCAUCUGGCACUUGUUAAUCCUGCAGGUAAUGUGUCUUGAAUAUUUAUGGUAAUAUCGUAGGUAUGUUAUAGAUGUUUUUACGGUGAUUGAUUAAAAAACUUAAUUGAUCAGUGAGUUUUGUUGUAAUUCAUGAUAUACGUGGUGUUUUAGUUGUGGCAGGCCGUUUAGAAGAGCUUUGUAAUAAAAUUCGGACUUGCAACGACUGGGCCGACAUUCAUUUGGCCAGUAGCUUGAACUUCGAAGAGUUUGUAAUGAACGAAUGUAAGAAACGAGAUCCUGUAGUGUAAGUAUUCUUUUACAUAAAAGUCAUAGUUCCAAUUCUGAAGCUGAUUUUGUCGUUUCAGUGUUCUGAAUCGUGCUACAGCUCUGGAAGGCCGCUUCCCGUUACAUCUGGCUACAGAGAAGCGGCACAUUUCUUUGGUCAUCAAGAUGCUGAAGUUGGGAGCUGAUAUGAGGAAGAGUGACGUCGCGGGCAGAAAUACGAUUCACUAUUCAUCGAUCCAUGACAGCGUGCUGGUCAAAGUAUGUUUUUUAAGUCGCAUAAAGCGGAAUUUUACAAUUAUAUUCAUUAGCCUCAUAUCUUUUUAUAUUUUUUAAAUUAAGUUGUUGUAGACCUUGAAGAAACACUCGCCAGAACACUUUUCUGCUGCCUUACAUCAACGUGACAAAAAGGGAUACACUCCAAUACACUAUGCCGUCCAGACGAAUCACAUUGAUACGAUAAGAUUCUUGAUAGAAAACGGAGCUAAAGUCAAUUCAGAGUUGGGGGUGGUCGCUGGGUUGAGUGCACUGUAAGUCAUCUAUCGGCAAAAUAAAUGUGAAUCCGUGACAGGUUUUAAAUUACUAUAUUUUAGAGGAUUGGACACGAUAUUGGCCUACGAUGCGAAGACGAUCAGUCCUGACAACUCUUCCAACAUCUUUCACUCUAAAGCCGACAAAAAGGUACGUAACGUUCAGUUCUAUAUGCUAUAUACGCAAACAUGUUCUCUACUUCAAAUCCACAUUUAACUUCUAUAAAUCAAAUAUAUUCUAGUACCUGAAAGUAGCCUACAAGCGCAACGUUCGUAUGUUGAGUCAGAAGAACGAGCGUGGUCGUACUCCAGCCCACAAUGCUGUAAUCCGCAACGACCUUGAUGGUUUAGUUGCUUUGGUUGCGCACGGUGCUGAAGUCGCGGAGUGUGACGAAGAUGGCAACACUCCAUUACACUUGGCAGCUUUACAACAGAAUAUAUUAAUGAUCAAGUUCUUGAUAUCAAUGGAUGGAGGUACGCAGGAGAAGAACAAAGACGACAAGACCCCAGCACAAAUGUGCGGAACGUAAGUCUUAAAACGUGAUAUUAUGUCUACCAUUUACAAAGAUUUAGAAGAACAGUACUAUAUUUUACUUCCGAAGUAGCGCCAUCCUACCCUCCUUAAACUAUGCUUAUAAACAAGUCUUUCAGGGUAGAGUGUUCAAAAUUGUUCAGAAUGUACGAAAACAGCCUAGCGUUAUCAGACGAACCUCCAAGUCAAGAUCUACCUCGUGAGUUUGAUUAUGACACGCUCCCUAUAACAAACACUAUUUUAAACUUAAGUUUUUUCAUUUGCUUACAAACGUGAAUACUUGAAAAUUAUAUUUCUAACAGUUCCUAACUUCAGAAGUCCUUCGAACUGCCCAAAAAGCUGCCGUUCUGUUCCAAAAAAAGACUGACACAAAAGAAAAAUCCCUGAGGCUUCUGUCUCUAGAUGGGGGUGGCAUCAGAGGCCUGGCCCUAAUCAUGAUGCUGAUCCACUUGGACAAACGCAUAUCAGGUGACCUGAUGGACUACAUUGACUGGAUCGCUGGCACUUCAACUGGCGGCAUCUUAGGCCUAGCUCUGGCCAGAAACACAAGCCUAAGGGAAUGUCUGAACUUGUACUUGAGGCUAAAAGAUGACGUUUUCACUGGACCUCGACCUCACGAUGUAGUACCAUUGGAGAAUUGUCUUAAGGACAAGUUCGGGACCAAACUAAUGUCAGACAUUAACCAGAAAAUAAAGGUAAUGAUUACGACAACGAAGGCAGAUGUCCAUCCACCUGAACUUAUACUGAUUAAGAACUACGAACUGCCAGAAACUCAGACCAAGACUUUGAAGCCUAGAGACAUACAGAUCUGGAAGGCUGCCAGGUGUUCGAGGUAAGACUAUCAACUGUUUUUAAAGGUGAACAACUGAUUCUGUAUUGAGGAAAAUAUAUAGUCUAUCCAAGCUAUUCAAGUUAAAACAUAAAAUAUAUAAAAACUUAACUACAAUACAAAUCAUUUUUAGUGCCGCGCCAACUUACUUUGCCAGUUUUGACAACAAGUACAUUGAUGGUGGACUAAUGGCCAACAAUCCUAGUCUAGACCUUUUAAACGAGGUGCACAUACAUAACAUAAAUAAGCAAAUAAAUGUAAGUUCAAAUGAAACCUAGAAGCAACAAUUUACACAACUGGCAUAUAAUAUUUUAACAUCACUUUUAGGAAGAACAACCAGAUUCAAUAGCAGCUUUCAUAUCUCUAGGAACAGGGAGAUGCAAGACCAAGCCAAUGACUGCCAUCGACCUGGAAAUGCCCAAAAGUUACAGCUGGACGUCAGUAAUCAACACCGCCUUCUCAUCUGUAAAUACCCUCAAGAACUUGAAGAACAUCUUCGUCGAACAGAUCGCGGCUUCUGAUGGCCAAGUUGUGGAAAGGACACGAGGAUGGUGCCAUUCUUUACGAACACCUUACUUUAGGUACACUCCCAUGUUAAACAACGAAGUACCCUUGAACACCUACGAGAAUAGCGAAGUCAUUGAACUGAUGUGGCAAACUAAAUUAUAUUGUAUCAGUCGAUCAGAUCAAGAGCUCGAUGAAAUUGUAAAACUACUGAGAGCUGACAAAGAACAAUAA